AGAUAGAUCUGAAGAUGUUCAAAUCUUUGAUUAUGAUCGUUUGUUAUUGGAUGCCAAUUAUAACAAUGCUGCAGAUGAAGGUUUUAGAGAAGAAAAUAUUUCCAAUAAUGAUGGUCUUGGCAUCGAUGAAGAAUUAAAUUAUGACGAAAAUCAAGAUAUGAUAUCGAAAGCAAUCUAUAGAUCUACAGAUUUGAUAAUCCUGUUUAAACAGCAGGCUCGUAUGGAGCAUGCUGAAAUAGAAAUUGAAAUAAAUGUAUAUAAUAGCAUGCAAGCUAAUAAACAAACUACUGAAAUCGCUAUGCAAGUUAGCAAUGAAACUUAUAAGAUUGGUAUUCAA